UCACCUUCGCAAAAAACAUUAGCACUAAGCAACCCCGAUCAUAUAAAUGGAAUAUUCUGUUCAAACGAAAACAGAAUCAUCUUGUUUACAAACAGAGCAGUUGCUUUUGAGAGCAAUCUUAAAAAGAUGUAUCGUUUGCUAGUAUGUGUUGGGUUGGUAAGUCAGGCACUUAUAAGUGCUGCACAUCCAGGUGUGGCUGCAACUCCAGCUGCUGGAGUGAUUCCAGCUGUCCCAGCACUGGCUAGCCCACUGAACCCUGCAUUGCCGCUGCCAACAGCCCUAAACCCUGCUUUAAACCCAGCUCUCGCAGGCUACAACGGGUACAGAAGCCCUUAUUAUAAUGCUGGUGCAGCUGUGCCCAUAUUGAGUUACUCCAACGAACGUGGUGUUGAUGGAAGUUACUCAUACAGUUUUGCAACUGGCGACGGCAAACAAGCACAAGAAAGUGGAUUCCAAAAAGACGUGUACAUCGACAACACCGGAUCACCGCAGGGGACUCAGGUAGUUGAAGGCAGCUACGCUUAUGUAUCUCCUGAAGGAACUCCAAUUCAAGUCAGCUACGUUGCAGACGAAAAUGGUUUCAGACCAUCAGGUGUGCACAUUCCUGCCGAUGGUAAGGGCGUUCUUCCAGCAGCACUCCCAGCUGGAGUCCUGAAUAGGAACCCCUAUAAUGGAUUCAUCAACCCAUACAACCCUCUUAACAACCGCAACCCAUACAACUAUAACCAAUACAACCCUCUUAAUAACCGCAACCCAUACAACUAUAACCAAUACAAUCCCCAUAGACCAUAUGGCCCCGCGUUCAAUCCGGCAACCCCAUAUAAUUUGUACGGAGCAGGGAAAAAGGUGCUUUGAAAAUUCUUCUUUGACAAUGGUUUAUAUCCUCUCGUAGUUAUACUCAAAAUGUAAUAAACUUUUCAAUAUAUUAUUAAUUAAA